ACUACUUACUUCAAACAAACCAAAACCAAACCAAUUUAACCAAACUUUACGUUUGUUUAUUCUUACUGUUUGUGUAUUUAUGAGAUUAAACAAACAUUGUUGGAUUACUUUGUCAUAAUUAUUAAUCAAUAUUUUUAUUACAGGAGAAAUGUUUGAAGACCCUAGUGAUUUAUCUUCGGCAAGUAAUGGCGCAAUCAGUGAAGAAGAGGAAUCAUUUCAGCGCCCAGCUUUGUUCGUUCCAAGUAUUGAUGAAGAUGAGGACCUUUCUCAACCUCCCAUGGAUGGAUUUGAGUUCCUCAAGAGAGUUGUAGCAGAGAGAAAAACAAUAGAUGAUGUGGUGAUUAAACCAGUGGAUGCGGAGAAGAUAAAAACACAGACCAAAUUUGCAGAUAACAUUCUGCAUUUUUCAGAAGUGGAAAAUAAAUUCUGUCUGGAUGAGAAAACUCAACGCAAAAUAAUAUCCGAUUUCUCCAAGUUGCGGAAGAAAUGUGAGGCCAUUCGAAAUAGAAUGUCGCAUACUCAUCUAGAUAAACUCAGGAGAUCUUUGCCCAAAAUAAGUAAAGAAGAUGACUGGCUUGUACUUUUGUCAAAUCACCCCAUCAAUUUGGCAAAGGCAAUAGAUUCAACCAGCUCGAAUGUGGAACUCUGUAUAGCUAUAGCAUGGGCCAAGAUUAGUUCAGUAAUGAUUCACAUUAGAGAUUUUAUAUCUGACGGAAAGUUGGACAUUCCGCUGGCUUGUCGGUGGAUCCACAUACUCCUAGCUUGUGCAAGCCAACCACUAAAUCCAGACUUGCACUCUGUACUGCGAGAAAUAACCAGGAUUUUGAUAUCUCUUAGAUCCAAGCUGGAACGGGAGGAUUUUGAGGACCUGCCACCAAUCUUCUUGAUCAUCUGUGUGAUUGGACGAUACUUUGGUCAGCAGGAUCUUGCCGAUCCCAUAGACUGACCGCUCACGUUACCUCAUCUUUGUUCAUAGUGUUAACUUUUUGUAUUAAAGUAUUUAUGCUG